GUGGCGCUGUAGAAAACUUUGAAUGUGUGUAGUCUAGAUGCGAAACUCAUAGCCGAUGGGCCACAGACGCUUCUCUCUUUUCCUGCUGUAGAUUAUCAUUCUUUGAACGUUCCUUUCCUUUUUAGAAAACCAAAAUGGCUCGUGGGCCCAAGAAACAUUUAAAGCGUCUCAACGCACCUAAAGCAUGGAUGUUAGACAAACUUGGUGGUGUAUAUGCUCCACGUCCAUCCACGGGACCUCAUAAAUUGAGAGAAUCUCUUCCUCUUGUUAUUUUUCUUCGCAAUAGAUUGAAAUAUGCAUUAACUAAUUGUGAAGUAACAAAAAUUGUAAUGCAACGUUUGAUUAAAGUUGAUGGUAAAGUUAGAACUGAUCCCAACUAUCCUGCAGGUUUCAUGGAUGUCAUUACCAUUAAUAAGACUGGAGAAUAUUUUCGAUUAAUUUAUGAUGUUAAAGGACGAUUUACCACUCAUAGAAUUACUGCAGAAGAAGCCAAGUAUAAAUUGUGCAAGGUAAAACGGGUUCAAACAGGACCAAAAGGUAUUCCAUUCCUGGUAACACAUGAUGGAAGAACAAUUCGUUAUCCAGAUCCCUUAAUUAAAGUUAAUGACACUAUUCACUUGGAUAUAGCAUCUGGCAAAAUUUUGGAUUCUAUUCGAUUCGAUUCAGGUAAUCUUUGUAUGAUCACUGGUGGUAGAAAUUUGGGACGAGUAGGCACAGUUGUUAGCCGGGAGCGUCAUCCCGGUUCAUUUGAUAUCUGUCAUAUUAAGGAUUCUCAGGGACAUACAUUUGCCACAAGGUUGAACAACGUAUUUAUCAUUGGCAAAGGUACGAAGCCGUACAUUAGCUUACCAAGAGACAAAGGUGUAAAGCUUUCUAUUGCUGAGGAACGCGACAAGAGGUUAGCAGCAAAGGGAGUGAAUUAAUGUACAGAAAAUGUUCAAUAAACCGAGAAUGAUUUGGUGAA